AUGACAAUGAGUCUAUCUUUAGAAGUGAAAGAUCAGCCAAGAAAAAAACGAGAGGAAAAACAACAACAAACUGGUAACAAUCCUAACGGAGAAACCAACAAGGAUUUGAAAGAUAAAAUUAUAAAGCUACAGGAAAGUAACGAAGUAUUAGCUUUAACAGUACAACGAACAAGAUUAUCUGUUAGAAGACUUCGUUUUCAGUAUGCGUCCCUAUUGGAACGUUUGCAAGACAGAAUUGACAGAGAUCCAAUUUUAAGUUGCGAGGAACCUCUACCAACGCUGCAAAAUUUCAAAGAACAACUAAAAAAGGCCCAAUUCCCAAAUAUGCAAAAUGGAGCCAACGGGACCACUGGGACCACUAAUCGUAUUAGUCUGUAUAGCAAAAGAAAACUAGCUAGGGCUAAAAGAGACCCCAAUAUGCCUAAAAGGCCAACCAAUGCUUAUUUAUUUUUUUGUGAAAUGAACAAGGAAAAAUUGAGAGAAAAAUAUGGGGCAACAAGUGAUAUGUCCAAAUGUUUAACUGAUGCCUGGAAAAGCUUGGACGAGGAGGCUAGAAAACCCUAUUAUGAUAUGUACAAUGAAGAUAAAAAGAGAUACCAGAAGGCAAUGUCGAUUUACAUGGCGAACAAAGAAAACAGUGAGAAUGUAAAAGGUGGUGACCAUAAAGAAGAAAAAAUAACACAGACAACAAAAACCGAACCUAUGGACUCAAAUUUUACCGAUAACACUGUAAGUCUAAACGGAAAAGGUAUAGAAGAAGAUGGUGAUAUAGAAAUGAAUGACGAUGAGGAAGAAGCAGAAGCAGAAGAAGAAGAAGAGGAAGAAGAAGAAGAAGAAGAAGAAGAGGAGGAGGAGGAAGAAGAAGAGGCAGAGGAAGAAGAGGCAGAGGAAGAAGAGGCAGAGGAAGAAGAGGCAGAGGAAGAAGAGGCAGAGGAAGAAGAGGCAGAUGAAAAAGUGGAAGAAGAGGGGGGUGAUGACACUGGUACCGAUGUUGAAACAAGACCAGAAAACGGAAGCAGUAUCGGUGACAACGAAAAAGAGAAAAAAGAAGAAGAAGAAGAAGAAGAAGGAGAAAAAGAGAAAAAUAAUGAUAAUAUCAAUGAUAAAGGCGAUAUGGAAGGACAACGUGAAGAAGAUAAUAUUGGAGUGAAAGAAAAGGUGGAUAUUAUUCGACAAGACAUUAAAGGUACUACUAAAGGUGAAGAAGAGGAAGAGCAUAAGGAGGAAAAAAAGCAAGACAAAACUUCAAAUGAAAUUAUUGAAGAAGAAGAAAAAAAAGGAUAA